AUCUCUGAUUGCCUAGAGGCUGAAUCAACUGGAGACUAUGGCAUUUGAUGGUGCUUGGAAGAUAGACCGCAAUGAGAACUAUGACAAGUUCAUGGAAAAAAUGGGUAUUAACGUGGUAAAGAGGAAACUUGCAGCUCAUGACAAUUUGAAACUGAUAAUUACACAAGAAGGAAAUAAAUUCACAGUCAAAGAAUCAAGCACUUUUCGAAACAUUGAAAUUGUUUUUGAGCUUGGUGUCACUUUUAACUACAGCCUCGCAGACGGAACUGAACUCACUGGGAAUUGGAACCUAGAGGGAAAUAAACUUGUUGGAAAAUUUCAACGAGUGGAUAAUGGAAAAGAGCUAAAUACUGUCCGAGAAAUUAUCAGGGAUGAAAUGGUCCAGACUUACGUGUAUGACGGAGUGGAAGCCAAGAGGAUCUUCAAAAAGAAUUGAGCAUUGUUCUUGGAGCACAGCCCAGAACACAAAUUAGAUGGAAAAAUCUAUAUUGAACCAGAACUGUUUUCCUCUCCUCAUCAAGCAUAAGGUUGCUGACUGAUUAGUCCUUUUAUAAACAUUGGCUAAUGGCUUAUAUUUCCAGUAUUGUCAAA